CACCAUGUUCGCGACCGGGCAGCGCUCGUGCACGAUGCGACCGAUCUGCUCGAUUGUCGCGUCGUCGUCGGCGUCAAUGCUAACGUGCGCGACGCCCCAGAUGCGCGUCAGGCGGCUGACGGCCGGCGCCGGCGCGUCCACCGGCAGGUGCGCGGCGCCUUGCGGAUCUCGCGACGCUUCCAGCUCGAAAUCGAUGCUGCGUAUCUUCGUGCGCAGCAUUCUUGCAACAAAAUCGGCCGUCGCGCCCUCGCACCCUAUCAAGGCCGCCAGCAGCGUCUCGACCGGCUGCGGCGCGGUGUCCUUGCCGCCGCCGGAGGGCGGCGUGUCCGUAUGGAGAAUGUGACCGCGGGUCUGCGACGUCGACGCCGUGCCUUGGGUGGUGCCGGUGAUGCUGUAGAGCUUUUCACGCGGUUUGCGCGUUGAUAGCGUUCGUUGUCUCGCUGUGAGAGCUCGUGUCGUGCGUUGGCUCACUGUGAGAGCUCGUGCCACUGUGAGAGCCUGCACUCGUUUUGCGAGCGUGGCGGCCAGCAUUGCUCUUCUACUGCUCUGGAGCGCACCGGAAGUCUCCCGUAAGAUGUUCAAUGAUACCCAGUGGCAGUUCUAAGGGUUAUUCACCAGCGCUGC